AUGAAGUUCUUCAGCGCCUCGAGCCUCGCCGUCGCCUUCGCCGUUGCCGGAAUGGCCAACGCCGCCGCUAUCCCCGCCCAGGCUGGCCAGGCCGACGGCAACGCCCUCGAGAGCCGCGCUGCGGCCGGCGCGGCUGCCAAGUUCAUCUUCAAGGCCAUCGGCAGCGCCGCUGUCGCCGAGUCCAUCUCUGAGGCGUUCAAGACCCUCGGCAGCAUUGGCAAGUGGGACCAGGCCCGCGAGACGUUCACCAAGAACACUGUCCAGGCGAUGUGGGACAGGAGGCCGAGUCAGGCCCAUGCCGCCGUGUGCUACAACAUGGGCUACACCGUCUCGAACACCAACGAGAUGACGCCCGCCACCAAGGUCGAGUUCUCUCUCGGCAGCCUUCACACCGACUACGACUGCUUCUACAUGUGGGGCCCCGACAACCACUUCAACUCGCAGGGCGACGGCGGCUACAUCAACCUCGCCACCAUCACCCAGGGCAACUGCUCGUUUGACGGCAAGACGAGCGACGUCUACUGCGCCUGA